AUGAUAGUCACUUCGGAGGCUUCAAAACAUCUUAUCAUGCUGGAAUUGACGGUGCCCUGGGAAGAGCGCAUUGAGGAAGCAAAUGAGAGGAAACGCGCUAAGUACCAGGAACUGGUGGAGGAGUGCAGGGAGAGAGGCUGGAAAAUCUUCUAUGAGCCUAUAGAAGUCGGCUGUAGGGGUUUUGCGGGACGUUCAUUGUGCAAAGUCCUCAGCCGUUUGGGUGUGACAGGGGCAGCCAAGAAGCGGGCCAUCAAAUCCAAAGAACCCAAACAAGCUACAGAAAGCCCUACAGAGAAAUACCCCCAGGAGAUCCCGAGAGGGGGGGAGGAUGAGAUCUCCAAUCGGACGGACGAACGGUUAACGACCCAUGCAAACGGACAGACGACGAAUGUGACAUGCAUUUGCGGAAAGCUGUGCAAGAAUCAUCGUGGCCUAAGAAUUCAUCAGGCCAGAAUGAAAUGCUUGGAGCGGGAGAGUGAGGUGCAACGCACAGGUCUUGAACCUGGUGAGACGCAGGAGGAGCCCGGCCAGGAGGCAACCCACAGAGCCCAGUCCCUCCACGCACCAGAGCCUCCCAAUCCCAGCAGAGUAGUUCCGCAGCGGCGGAUUAAAUGGCCCCCAGCCAGCAAACGGAGUGAGUGGCUGCAGUUUGACGAGGAUGUGUCCUGUAUCGUCCAGGCCACAGCCAAAGGAGAUGCUGAUAGCCGACUCAAAACAAUGACUACCAUCAUCGUCAGCUAUGCCUCAGAAAGAUUUGGGCAGGAAGAGAAGGGAAAAACAAAGCCCUCCCUCUAUACCAUGAAUCGGAGGGCCACCAAGAUACAUCACCUGCGCCAGGAGCUCCGCACCCUCAAGAAACAGUACAAGAAAGCUACUGCUGAGGAGAAGCUACCAUUAGCGGAGCUGCAAAACAUCCUGCGGAAGAAGCUGAUGAUCCUUCGCAGAGCAGAGUGGCACCGAAGACGGGGAAGAGAGAGAGCCAGGAAGCGAGCGGCCUUCAUCGCCAAUCCCUUUGGCUUCACAAAACAACUGCUAGGGGACAAGCGCAGUGGCCGGCUCGAGUGCCCAACAGAGGAAGUGAAUCGCUUCCUCCAGGACACCGUGAGCGAUUCACUUAGAGAGCAGGAGCUGGAGCCCAACAGUGCCCUCAUCAGCCCCGAACCCCCAGUAACAGAGUUCAACCUGAGGGAGCCAAGCGUGAAGGAGGUUGAGGAAAUCAUCAAGGCAGCUCGCUCAGCAUCUACUCCUGGCCCCAGUGGAGUACCUUAUUUGGUCUAUAAGCGCUGUCCAGCGCUUCUCCGCCACCUUUGGAAGAUUUUGAAGGUGAUUUGGCGAAGAGGGAGAGUUGCUGACCAGUGGAGGUGGGCUGAGGGAGUGUGGAUCCCCAAAGAGGAGAACUCGAAAAACAUCAACCAGUUUCGAACCAUCUCACUAUUGAGUGUUGAAGGGAAGGUGUUUUUCAGCAUCGUCUCACGAAGACUGACAGAGUUUCUCCUCAAGAACAGCUACAUCGACCCCUCAGUGCAGAAGGGAGGGAUUCCUGGAGCCCCCGGCUGCUUGGAACACACUGGUGUAGUUACACAGCUCAUCAGAGAAGCCCAUGAGAACAGAGGCGACCUAGUUGUUUUGUGGUUGGACCUGGCCAACGCUUAUGGGUCCAUACCACACAAACUAGUCGAGCUUGCCCUACACCUCCAUCAUGUUCCCAGUAAGAUCAAGGACCUGAUCCUGGAUUACUAUAAUAAUUUCAGGAUGCGGGUCACUUCUGGGUCAGAAACAUCAGACUGGCAUCGCAUUGGUAAAGGAAUAAUAACAGGCUGUACCAUCUCUGUUAUCCUUUUUGCCCUGGCCAUGAACAUGGUGGUGAAGUCAGCCGAGGUGGAGUGCAGGGGGCCGCUAACCAAGUCAGGUGUGCGACAGCCCCCAAUAAGAGCCUAUAUGGAUGACCUGACCAUCACGACAACAUCGGUCCCAGGGAGCAGGUGGAUCCUACAAGGACUUGAGAGACUCAUCACCUGGGCAAGGAUGAGUUUUAAGCCCUCCAAGUCUAGGUCCAUGGUGCUGAAGAGGGGGAAAGUGAUUGACAAGUUCCGUUUUUCCAUCUCAGGAACUGUCAUCCCAACCAUCACAGAACAACCUGUCAAGAGUUUAGGGAAGCUCUUUGACUCCAGCCUGAAAGACUCUGUCGCCAUCCAGAACUCCAACAAAGAACUUGGAGCUUGGCUCACCAAGGUUGACAAGUCCGGUCUACCUGGUAGAUUUAAAGCCUGGAUCUACCAGCACUCCAUCCUGCCCCGAGUCCUAUGGCCUUUGCUGGUUUAUGCAGUCCCAAUAACAACAGUGGAGUCCCUUGAAAGGAAGAUCAGCGGCUUUCUUCGGAAGUGGCUGGGGCUUCCACGCAGUCUUACCAGCGCGGCACUGUAUGGGACAAGUAACAUCUUGCAACUGCCCUUCAGUGGUCUCACUGAAGAAUUUAUGGUGGUACGCACCAGAGAAGUCCUACAGUACAGAGAGUCCAGAGACUGUAAGGUGUCAGCAGCCGGCAUUGAGGUGAGGACAGGAAGGAAGUGGAAGGCUGGCAAAGCAGUGGAGGUGGCAGAGUCACGCCUGAGACAAAAGGCAUUGGUGGGCACUGUGGCGACAGGCAGAGUGGGCUUGGGCUACUUCGCAAAGACCCCAGUCAGCCAGGCCCGUGGCAAGGAAAGACAACAUCUACUCCAGGAAGAGGUCCGAGCAGGCGUAGAGGAGGAGCGAGUGAGCAGGGCAGUGGGACUCCGGCAGCAGGGAGCAUGGACAAGGUGGGAGAGUACACUGCAGCGCAGGAUCACCUGGGCAAACAUCUUGCAGGCAGACUUCCAUCGAGUCCGUUUCCUGGUGCAAGCUGUCUAUGAUGCCCUGCCAAGCCCAGCGAACCUCCAUGUCUGGGGGAAGAGUGAGACACCUUCUUGCCUUCUGUGCUCUGGAAGAGGCUCCUUAGAACAUCUCCUCAGCAGCUGCCCAAAGGCCCUGGCUGAUGGUCGCUAUCGUUGGCGCCACGACCAGGUGCUUAAGGCAAUUGCCGAAAGCGUAGCCUCAGCCAUCAGCACCAGCAAACACCAUCAUGCUCCAAAGAAGGCAGUCCUCUUCAUCAAAGCUGGAGAAAAACCCCGGGCGCGCUCACAAUUAACAACAGGCCUCCUCCACAAAGCCUCUGACUGGCAGCUGCAGGUCGACCUGGGAAAACAGCUGAGGUUCCCUCAGCAUAUUGCAACAACGAGGCUCCGCCCAGACAUGAUAGUCACUUCGGAGGCUUCAAAACAUCUUAUCAUGCUGGAAUUGACGGUGCCCUGGGAAGAGCGCAUUGAGGAAGCAAAUGAGAGGAAACGCGCUAAGUACCAGGAACUGGUGGAGGAGUGCAGGGAGAGAGGCUGGAAAAUCUUCUAUGAGCCUAUAGAAGUCGGCUGUAGGGGUUUUGCGGGACGUUCAUUGUGCAAAGUCCUCAGCCGUUUGGGUGUGACAGGGGCAGCCAAGAAGCGGGCCAUCAAAUCCGCAAGCGAAGCCGCAGAAAAAGCCACUAGGUGGCUUUGGAUUAAGAGGGCUGAUCCGUGGUCUGCUACUGGGACGCAAGUCGGGACUUGA